CGAAAGUCUUCCAGAAGACUACCGAAAUAGCGUUUUCAUCACUCUCGACAAUGAACCUCUUGGAUUGCCACAAGAUACUACGCCAGAAGAACUAGAGGAAGCCAAUACGUCAUCAUGGAGCACCAUCAAAAGAGACGUUGUUUUGCACGAAUCGUUGUCUUCUGAUAACAAAAAAUAUAUCCACGACACACCCCACGAAGAAACAGUUAAGUUUGAAACUACUUCAAACAAAAGUUCCAAAAGGCUCAGAAAGAUCUUGCAAGAACAACUGGGCCAAAUACACAGUAUGACCUUCCUGAUCGACAACGAGACCACUCUACAAGAAGCAGUGCAAAAAGCUGAAAGCUUGAAACAGUUUCUUGAACAAAACUUUCCCACAGAAAAUGGUUUGCCUCUUCGAUUGAGUCCUGUGAAAAAGUUAAAGGUUACUGAGACAAAAUACCAUCAAAUCUUUCAUAAGGCCCUACCUCCCAGACGACGCAAGACAAAAAAGUCUACACCAUUUACAAUAGAUCUUACUAAUGUGGGCGAUGAAAUGGCACAAGUGUCCACUAAUGUGCAAAACCAGGAGAAUGAAAAGAAAUUCAAGCAGCGUGCUGCCGUCAUUGUGCUCCUGAGAUGUGUCUUGACAAGCCGCUGGGUAAAAAGUUCUCCAGAGGCUGCGCUCAUUGAGCAACAAAGUAAAUCAAAGUAA